AUGGCUUCCGGCUUAGAGGAUGUCAAGGAAGCGCUGAAGGUUAUCACGCUGGGCCAGAGCAAGCUCCUAUCCGCGGUUGAGACGGUUUCGCAGCGGGUUGCCGAGUUGGAAAAGACUCAGGAAGAAAACCGCAAACGACCCGGUAAUGCCAAUACCGAUGAUGUCAAGCGAACUCUGACGCCUCUGGCCGGCGGUUACACUCCGUCCCCCGCGUCCGUUCUGCCGGCUGAAGCGGGCACCCAGUCCCCUCCCGUGCCAUCAAUGGCAUCCCCGGAGCUCAAGUCCAGCUUCUCAUCCCGCGUGGUCCUCACGACAUACCCCAAGCAGAUUGGCAUCAAUCCGCUUCCGCUGGAGUGGGGCGCGGCUGAUCCGCUGCAGCGUGGCCCGGUGGCCGUCUCCCGGGCGCCGUCCACAAUCGGGAAGCGGAAUGCUAUCGGUGCUCACGGCGGCUCGUAUUCCAUUUACUACGCCCUAGCUCUGGCCAGCAGGGAGCUGAAGGCCGACCACAAGCCGGACUUCACCAAUACCGAGCCCGCUGUCAACAUUGGCCCGUUCCCUCAAUGGGGUGACAAGAAGAAGAUUGUGGCCAUGGAUCCGUGGGGUCACAUGGUGCCUUGGCUUUUCAAGGACACGAUCGAGAAGGAAAACGCUGAUCUUCGGCCGACCAUUGCUAUCACCAGGGCUCACAUGAAGCUACCCGAGCUUGAGGAGAGUGUGAAGAGUGGCCGGUUAGUGCCCGACGGCAAAGUUUGUCUCAACAACCUUGGCGAGCUGGCUGUGACCAAGUUUGCGGUCGAGCCGGUCUGGUAUCUCCCAGGCGUUGCGGAGCGCUUCGGCAUCGAUGAGGGUACCCUCCGGAGAUCGCUCUUUGAGCACACAGGCGGCAUGUAUCCAGAGUUGAUAACACGGUCUGAUAUCAAAGUGUUUCUGCCGCCAAUCGGCGGUCUCACUGUGUAUUGUUUCGGAGAUCCGGCAGCCAUGUCCGAUCCCUCCAAGAAACUGGCGUUGCGCAUUCAUGACGAGUGCAACGGGAGCGACGUCUUCUGCUCAGAUAUCUGCACGUGCAGGCCGUAUCUCAUCUUCGGUAUCGAGGAGGCCGUCAAAGAGGCCCAGAACGGCGGCAGUGGUGUCGUCAUUUACUUCCGAAAGGAAGGGAGGGCUCUGGGUGAAGUCACCAAGUACCGUAUGUCGAAUCCCUCGGUCCUACCCGAUUUCGUGUACAACGCCCGCAAGCGCGGGGAAGAUCGAGCCUCGGAUUACUUCAAGCGGACGGAGAAUAUUGCGGGGGUCAAAGAUAUGCGGUUCCAGGCCCUGAUGCCCGACAUCCUGCACUGGCUGGGCAUCACCAAGAUUGAUCGGAUGUUGAGCAUGAGCAACAUGAAGCACGAUGCAAUCGUUGGGCAAGGUAUCCCGAUCCACGAGCGAGUCGAGCUCCCCGAGUCAUGGAUCCCCGCCGAUUCCAGAGUUGAGAUUGAUGCCAAGAUCAACGCCGGAUAUUUUACCACCGGCCACCGAAUGACAGAGGACGAGCUCAAGAGCGUGCAGGGCCGGAUAUGGGAAGAUAUCGACCACUAG